AUGCGGUGGCUCCUGCUAUUCCUGUUUAUAACAGGAACAUGGGCUGAAGAAUGGGAUGCUCAAAACUAUCCAAACCCAACGGCAGGACAAUUCAAAGAAUGUAAAAUGAGAACAACUGCUAAUAUUUGCGACCCAGACGGAGUCUUAAGUGAAUCAUCAAGAUACCGACUUGACCACGACUUGAAACAGUUGGAGUCACGUACUCGUCAGGAUAAUGCGCAUAGUUUCUGUGAUAAGAAAGGAGUCACAGCAGCCAUGGCUGUGGCUCGGCACGUCAAGGGUGGAUCAACUGAUGCCGUAAAGAGAAUGGCUAAUGAUAUGUUGAGAAAGUGGACGUUGGAUAACCAGUGCCAGAAAGCGAUCGUUAUAGUGGUUUCAACAGACGACAUGAAGUUCUGGGUCGCUCGAGAUGAUAAAGUUCCGGUAUAUGCCGAAGAAUUUACUGAAAUAUUCAUGCAACAAAAGACAUUGUUCCAACAAUCGAACUAUCAACAAGCUUUAACGAACAUUCUUCAGGCAACUUGGGAAAAGUCUUUAUCAAAAGCUGGUAGCCCCAGAGCACCUUCUGGUUCCGGUGGUAGAGGUCAACAAGCUCCUGGAUUCAAUGAAGGAGGAAGUGCUGGAGGCAUUGGUGGAAAAGGUGGUGCAGGACAGCCAUUUAAAAUGCCAUCAAUACCAUCUUGGGUAUGGCUAGCACUUAUAUUUGUCGUCAUUCCAACAUUGUGUUGCUGUUUGUGCUGCUACUGCUGUUGUUGCAGAUCAAAGAAUGGAAAUCAAAACGGGCCCGCUUCCGGUGCAAUGAAUGAUGGUGGCGCGCAACCCAGAUCAGGCGGUGGAGGAGGAAUGUUUGGAAAUCUUCUGCGAAGUGGCGGUGGAGCCGCUGUUGGAUCUAUGAUAGGAAAUUUCAUCUCUCGAAGAGGUGCUGGUGGCGGCGGCGGCGGCGGAGGAUUUGGAGGUGGCAAUAGAGGACAAGGAUAUCAAGGAGGUGGAGCUUAUCCAUCUGAGCCUCAGCCUGUAUAUGACGAUAACGGUGGACAAGGUGGUGGUGGUUUAUACCCAUCAGUAGCGAAGAAAGAUGAAGGUGGAGGAGGAAGUUGGGCGUAA